AUGAAGACUGGAAACCGGACGGACACUGGGGAAGGUGACUUAUCAAACGGAGAUGGAAACAACUCCACAUCGUCCACUUUCGAAGAUUCCUUUCCAGAAAGCAAUUUGGAGAAGGGUAUAGUGGGAUGGGACGACCAAAAGGAUCCAGCAAAUCCCAGAAACUUUUCAAAGGCUCGAAAGUGGUCCAUCCUAGGUUUUGUCAGUCUCAUGUCCUUCCUUAGUCCCCUUGCAUCGUCAAUGUUCGCACCGGGCGUUCAGUUUAUGAAUGCAUCCUUUCACAACGAAUCCGACGUCUUAAGCUCAUUGGUCGUCAGCAUCUACCUACUUGGCUACGUUUUCGGUCCAUUGGUCCUUUCGCCGCUCAGCGAAAUAUAUGGUCGACGGCCAGUUCUCUUCACCGCAAAUUCAAUAUUCGUCAUUUGGCAGAUCGGCUGUGCCAAAGCGCCAAACUUAGCAGCUCUGAUUGUCUUCCGACUUUUGGCUGGUAUUGGUGGCUCUGGAUGUCUUACAAUAGGGGGUGGUAUUAUCAGUGAUCUUUUCAACCCAACCGAACGAGGGGCAGCCAUGGCUGCGUUUAGUAUCGGGCCCUUGAUAGGCCCUGUCAUUGGCCCCAUUGCAGGGGGGUUUUUAUCUCAGCAGGUCAGCUGGAGAUGGGUAUUUUGGGUGUUACUGAUCGCUUCCGGGACUGCGACGGUGGGCAUCGAAGUGUUCAACACCGAAACCAAUCCGGAAGUUAUCAUACAAAAGAAGACCAAUCUCCUCGCUAAACAAACAAAUAGGCCUGACCUCCGUAAUUGUUAUAGGAAAGAUGAAUCUCUGACUAGCUUUCAGAUCAUCAAAAGUGGGAUCCUAGUGCCGAUCAGGCUACUCUUCGCCACACCAAUUAGCUUCAUCCUAUCUCUUUAUAUGUCUCUCGUCUAUGGAUUGCUAUACCUUCUUUUUACCACCAUCACCGGCGUUUACGAGGUAACAUACCGCUGGUCACCGCAGCUUUGUGGCUUGGCAUAUUUAGGCAUCGGCCUGGGAUUUUUCGUUGGGCUCGGCAUCGUGGCAAAGUCCAACGACAAGACAGUCGUGACCCUCACGCGUAGCAACGGUGGGGUAUAUGAACCGGAGAUGCGUCUUGCAGCUUGUGGUAUCUUCGCUGUGUUCAUCCCCAUUUCAUUUUUCUGGUAUGGGUGGGCAGUGGAAAACCAGGCACACUGGGUCGUGCCUAUUAUUGGGAUGAUCCCUUUCGGGUUUGGCAUGAUUGGUGUCUUCAUCCCCAUUCAAACAUACAUGGUUGAUGCCUUUCCCAAAUAUGCUGCUUCUGCAGUAGCUGCCCUGACGGCUAUGCGUUCUUUAUUUGGAGCGUUCCUUCCCUUGGCUGGACCGCAAAUGUAUGCAACGCUGGGGUAUGGUUGGGGCAACUCACUUCUAGGCUUUAUAUCUGUAGCCCUGGUUCCUGUUCCAUAUCUAAUAUACAAGUUUGGUGGAUAUCUGCGAAAGAAGUAG